AGAAAUAAGUGUGUGAGGUUAGCUAGAAAAGCUACCUUAUAGGUUAACAUUAAAGCUAAUUAACUAAGUACAAUGGCCAGGGUGGGUUUUAAACGACUUUUAAAUGGUUAAAAAAAUCUCGACUAUCACUAAACUAAAAUGUAUUCGGUUUAAUCAGUUAAAAUACGUUAAAAAUAAAAAAUACAGACAAAACUCUGGUUAAAGUGUUCAAAACUAUUUAAAAAAUAAAGUAAGAAAUAAGUGUGUGAGCUUACCUACCUAGGGAAGUUUAGUUUAAGCUAAGGUGGUUUUUAAAAGCCUUUAAACGGCUGAAAACUCUCGACUAGCACUAAACUAUACACUAAAACAUGAAGUAAGAAAUAAGUGUGCGAGCUUAGUUAGGAAUGUCAACCUUGGUUCACAUUUAAACUAACUUAAUUACAACUAAGGGGUUUAAAAAAUCUUUAAACGGUUGGAAACUCUCGACUAGCAUAACUGCACAUUAAAACAUAUUAAGCUGCGUUUAAACAGUUGUUGAUACGUUAAAACAUACAAAUAAGGCCAGUUUAAGACGUUAAAAUCUCUGUAAAAAAAAUGUGGGCACUAAAGGGGUGUUAACUCUGUAAACUAUACGUUAUCCAGCUAACCUAGAGUUAACGUACCUUUUACAUUAUUGAGGAGCACCGCCGUGCCCGGGCCGACUGCUAAAUACAGCCUGUGAGGUGAGUCUCGCUGAAAGGCCGGUGUGUGUCCGAGGCUGGGGGUCAAGCAGCAUAUUUCAAACAGUUAGCUAACAACUGGCAGUAGAUUAUGGCUAUAAAAGCUAUAUUGACGUUAAAAGCAGUAGGGUGGGCUUUGGAGUUCAAUAUACAAGGCGUGAGAGAGACUUCAAGGCGAAACUCUAGUGUGAUAUAUAGGCUAAGCCCUGGCAGACGGUGUGCAGGCGUGCUGCUGCUGUGCGGUGUGAUCUGAUGAAGCACAUCUAUCUGAGGAAGAAACUUUGCUAUACAGGUGCAUAUCCCAAUGAUGAGCAUCUUUGAGAGCGGAUCUCAUGGACUGUUGUGACUGCAGUGACUUCCGGACAAACAUGAGGAGAGUGUCCAAGCCAAGCACAAUGGCCUGCUCAGCAUGGAGCCUCCCAACCCUCUGCUGCCUGAUGUUUGCUUUGGCUGCUAUACAAUGCACUGAAGGGUUCUCUCGGGCAGCCCUGCCGUUUGGUCUGGUCAGACGGGAGCUGUCUUGCGAGGGUUACCCCAUUGACCUGCGCUGUCCGGGAAGUGAUGUCAUCAUGAUCGAGAGUGCUAAUUAUGGGCGGACGGAUGACAAGAUCUGUGACGCUGACCCCUUCCAGAUGGAAAACAUCAACUGCUACCUCCCUGAUGCAUACAAGAUAAUGUCCCAAAGGUGCAAUAAUCGAACCCAGUGCAUUGUCAUUACUGGAUCAGAUGUCUUCCCUGACCCUUGCCCGGGAACUUACAAAUACCUUGAGGUCCAGUAUGAGUGUGUCCCCUAUAUUUUUGUUUGUCCUGGAACUCUGAAAGCUGUUGGAGAUCCUUCCUUUCUCUUUGAGGCGGAGCAGCAAGCCGGGGCCUGGUGCAAAGACCCCCUUCAGGCCGGCGACAAAGUUUACUUUAUGCCGUGGACUCCGUACCGAACUGACACGCUCAUCGAGUACUCCUCGCUCGACGACUUCCAGAACUCGCGGCAAACCACCACGUAUAAACUGCCACAUCGAGUGGACGGGACCGGGUUUGUGGUGUAUGACGGAGCUGUGUUUUUUAACAAGGAGAGAACGCGCAACAUAGUCAAAUUUGACCUCCGGACUCGAAUCAAGAGCGGCGAGGCCAUCAUCAACAACGCCAACUACCACGACACCUCGCCUUACAAGUGGGGCGGGAAGACGGACAUUGACCUGGCGGUGGAUGAGAACGGCCUGUGGGUGAUCUACGCCACUGAGCAGAACAAUGGCAUGAUGGUGCUGAGUCAGCUGAACCCCUAUACUCUCCGCUUCGAGGCCACGUGGGAGACGGCCUACGACAAACGCUCGGCCUCAAAUGCCUUCAUGAUCUGUGGCGUCCUGUACGUGGUGAGGUCCUCUUACGAGGACAACGAAAACGAAGUCAGUAAAGGCGUCAUUGACUACAUAUACAACACCAAGCAGAGCCACGGUGAGUUCGUGGAUAUUAACUUCCCAAACCAGUACCAGUACAUCGCAGCCGUGGAGUACAACCCUAGAGACAACCAGCUCUAUGUGUGGAAUAACUUUUACAUCCUACGCUACAACCUGGCCUUCGGACCGCCCGAUCCGGCUCACGCACCGCCCAUCUCAGAAGCCACCUCGGCACCAGUGCAGCCUCACACGACGACUACGACGACGACGACAACAACCCAACAGAAAGGCCUGGUGACAACCAUAACCACUACAGGGACCAGAGUUGGUAACAAACCCCCAAAACUCCCGGCAGCUCCACCUCGGACCACUACUCCUCCGUCCCUGGACUCCUUCCCUCCUCCUGAGCGCUUCUGCGACAGUGUGGAGCGCAGGGACAUCCUCUGGCCGCAGACCCAAAGGGGCAUGCUCGUGGAGCGGCCUUGCCCCAAAGGAACCAGAGGCACUGCCUCCUACCUGUGUGUGCUCUCCACUGGGGCUUGGCACCCGAAAGGCCCUGAUCUAAGCAACUGCACCUCCCACUGGGUCAAUCAAGUAGCUCAGAAGAUCCGGAGCGGGGAGAACGCAGCCAACCUGGCCAACGAGCUGGCCAAGCACACCAAAGGGCCCAUCUUCCCCGGUGACAUUAGCUCCACCAUGAGGCUCAUGGAGCAGCUGGUGGACAUUCUGGAUGCUCAGCUGCAGGAGCUGAGGCCUAGCGAGAAGGACUCCACUGGACGGAGCUUUAACAAGCUUCAAAAGCGAGAAAGGACAUGCAGGGCGUAUAUGAAGGCUAUCGUGGAUACGGUCGACAACCUCCUCCGUCCUGAGGCUCUGAAGUCCUGGCGAGACAUGAACAGCACAGAGCAGACGCACGCUGCAACCAUGUUACUGGAUACUCUGGAAGAAGGAGCUUUCGUCCUUGCUGACAAUCUUAUGGAACCGGCCAUUGUGAAAGUGCCAGCUAGCAAUAUAAUCCUUGAUGUGUACGUGCUGAGCACAGAUGGCCAGGUGCAGGAUUUCAAGUUUCCACAGAGCAGCAAGAGCGGCAUAUCUAUCCAGCUGUCCGCCAAUACUGUUAAGCUGAACAGUCGGAACGGUGUGGCAAAGUUGGUUUUUGCUCUGUACAAAAAUUUGGGCCAAUUCCUGAGCACAGAGAACGCAACAAUCAAACUGGCCAACGAGGGGAACGGCCGUAACCUCUCUGUGGCGGUGAACUCAGACGUCAUCGCCGCCUCAAUCAACAAGGAGUCCAGUCGAGUCUUCAUAACGGAGCCAGUGAUUUUUACACUGGAGCACAUUGACAUGCAACACUACUUCAACUCAAACUGCUCCUUUUGGAAUUACUCUGAGAGAAGCAUGAUGGGAUACUGGUCCACGCAAGGUUGCAGGCUCAUUGAUUCCAACAAAACCCACACAACCUGCUCCUGCAGCCAUCUCACCAACUUUGCCGUUCUCAUGGCUCAUCAAGAAGUACUGGGUCCAGACGGAGUGCACAAGUUGCUGCUCACGGUCAUCACGCGAGUGGGCAUCGUGGUCUCGCUCAUCUGCCUUGGCAUGUGCAUAUUCACUUUCUGCUUCUUCCGAGGACUGCAAAGCGACAGGAACACGAUCCACAAGAACUUCUGCAUAAACCUCUUCAUCGCUGAACUCAUCUUCCUAAUUGGCAUCGAUAUGACAGAACCCAGGAUCGGCUGUUCGAUCAUCGCUGGGAUCUUGCAUUAUUUCUUCCUGGCUUCUUUCGCUUGGAUGUGCUUGGAAGGAGUUCAGCUCUAUCUCAUGCUGGUGGAGGUGUUUGAGAGUGAAUACUCGCGGAAGAAAUAUUACUACAUCUCCGGCUAUCUGGUCCCUGCCAUUGUUGUGGGUGUCUCUGCGGUCGUAGACUACAAGAGCUACGGGACUACAAAGGCAUGCUGGCUGAGAGUGGACAACCACUUCAUUUGGAGCUUCAUUGGACCUGUUACCUUCAUCAUUAUGCUUAAUCUCAUCUUCCUGGUCAUCACAAUGUACAAAAUGGUGAAGCACUCCACUUCAUUGAAACCUGACUCCAGCAGGUUGGAAAACAUAAAUAAUUAUCGCGUUUGUGAUGGCUACUAUAAUACCGAUUUGCCUGGCUAUGAAGAUAAUAAACCAUUUAUCAAGUCCUGGACUCUUGGAGCGUUCGCCCUGCUGUGUCUCGUGAGCCUGACCUGGUCCUUCGGUUUGUUCUUCAUCAGUGAGACCUCAGUGGUGCUAGCUUAUCUCUUCACCAUCUUCAACACCUUCCAGGGAAUGUUCAUCUUCAUCUUCUACUGCCUGCUGCAGAAAAAGGUUCGCAGAGAGUACAGCAAAUGUUUCCGCCACACAUACUGCUGCGGCGGCUUGCCAACCGAGAGCUCCCACAGCGCUACAAAGACUGCAACAACAAGGACGAGCGCACGCUACUCCUCCGGCACUCAGAGCCGAAUCAGGAGGAUGUGGAACGACACUGUAAGAAAGCAAUCUGAAUCCUCCUUUAUCUCAGGGGACAUCAACAGCACAUCAACCCUCAACCAAGGAAUGACGGGCAAUUAUCUACUAACAAACCCUCUUCUACGGCCCCAAGGCACUAACAACCCUUACAAUACCUUACUGGCCGAAACGGUCGUAUGUAACACUCCUACGGCUCCUGUCUUUAACUCUCCAGUGACCUACAGAGAGACAAGACACUCAAUGACCAAUGCCAGGGAUACAAGUGCAAUGGAUACACUACCGCUAAAUGGUAACUUCAACAACAGCUACUCGCUUCGGAACGGCGACUACGGCGACAGCGUGCAGGUGGUGGACUGUGGCCUUGGUUUAGACGACGCUGCCUUUGAGAAGAUGAUCAUCUCGGAGCUGGUGCACAACAACCUCAGGGCCUGUGGCAAAAGCCACCGCUCCGAGUCGCGCAUCAACACCAAAAAGGCGACGGGAGCUGAUGGCAGUGGCCAGGACAACGUCAUCGUAGCCGAAACGUCCUCUCUCGUGCAUUUGGGCACUGAGAGCAAUCAUAUAGUAGGGGGUUUGAGCUUGCAGCCCCAGUUUCAUCACCACACCCACAACCCCCACCACCCCCGCGAACUGGAGGCCCCCCUGAUCCCCCAGCGGACUCACUCGCUCCUGUACCACACGCAGGAGAGAGGGAGGCCCGAGCCCGCUGCCCUGCUGCCACCCCACAGCUACGCCACCCAGCUCCCCGCCCAGCUCCAGGCCGAGGACAGCCUGCAGUCGCCCAGAGACUCGCUGUACGCCAGCCUUCCCAACCUGACAGACUCGCCGUCGGUCGAGAAUGUUCCGGACAUGCCCGAGGACCUCUCGCCUUCCAAACAAAGCGAAAGCGAGGACGUUUACUACAAGAGCAUGCCCAACUUAGGGGCUAGCAGCCAGCAGCUCCACGCCUACUAUCAGAUAAGCAGGGGGAGCAGUGACGGUUACAUAAUCCCCCCCAUUACUAAAGAGGACAGCAUCCCUGAGGGAGAUGUACGAGAAGGACAAAUGCAACUAGUCACAAGCCUUUAAAAAUACAAAAAAAAACUUUUCAUUUUAAAACAAAUCAACAGAUUUUUUUUUUUUCUUCCAAAAAAACAAUCAGCGCCACUCAACAGGAGGACAUGUACUGGAGGGGUGGAGUGAAUGUGGGUAUUUGUAGUAGAAGAAUGAAUGUUUCAUGUCACACUCUUCCUUUCACUUUAUUCCCCCUCCCAAAAAAAUUAAGUAGGUCCCUCUAUCUGGUGCCCACCUGCACCCCCAAAGAUGAUGAACAAGGCAGGAAGAGCUCGUCUGGAUCGCAGCGCGAUUCCGCUCGAUUUGAAUUGUUGCCGACCCGACUGUAAAUAUAAUGUCGAUCGGAGGCGGGGUUUGACAAGUCUUCAUCAUCCAAUAGUGCUGCUGCUGUUAAACGACUCGACUCGUAACAAUGGAAUGAUUUCACAUAAAAAAAAAUGGAAAAAUGUACCAAAAAAAAAAAAGUAUUUCUCAUUUCAGAGCAUACAAAUGUUUGUGUCAGAAUUUGUACAUAUGUUCACGAUAUUUAAAAUCCAAUUUUGUAUUAUAUACAAAGUGGAGUCUCCAGGACCUAAGGACACAUAUGUGUACUAAGAUUGUACGGAGCAAUUCCUAACGGGACUCGUUGCUUUAGGAAUCGCCUGCCCUGGAUUUAAGGCCCCUUCUUUACAAUGAAGAUUGAUUGGAUUGUGCUGUAUAACCAUUAGCAAUCAAACCCCAGGCCUUAUCUUUUCUCAGAUGUACAGUAAAAAGAAAAAAUGAAAAACCAUCAAAGGUAAUGGCAUAAAAAUAUAUAUUUUGUUGUAUUUCUGGUGUACAAAACGCAACCAUAAGUAUAAAAAGGAUACAUUUUAAUUAAGACUUUAAUUAAGACCUUUUGGAGAGAGACUAUUGUGUGGAAACUGCACAUAUAUAACAGAACAGUUGUGUUUAUUCUUACACUUCAUUCAUUGUGGUGUGUGUUGGAAGAGUUAAGAUUGAAGGUUGCUGACAUCAAAUUCUGUCUUGUUCAUGAAAAUGAGUUUGCUGCACCAAAGCGUCGGGCUUUAGUAUGAAAUUAGGAUUUUCUGGCCGUGUUUAAAAAAGAUUCCUAGUGAAUCGCUAUACAGGCAUGAAAGUCACUCAAGACCACAGCCAAACAUUGUACAAGGCUUUUCCUUAUUUUUUGUUUUCCCGGACACGUUCUUCCAGCUAGGUUCAGAUAUUUAUUUAUUAAAUUAUUCUCAGAAAAAGGAAAAAAAAGAGCAAAAAAAUAAAUAAAAACUCAACAGCAGUGAUACUUUGGAACUCUUUUUGUGAAUACAUUACUGCACUGGUUCAUUCUUCUUCGCAUUACCAUGUUAUUAAGGAGCCCAUAAAAAUAAUGUAAAGUUCAACACUUGUUUAACAAUAAAUAAAUGUGAAUUUUUGGCUAUCACAAA